AUGCUGCUGCUGCGCAAGCUGCCGGGCGGGCCGCCGUCGUGGUCGGUGGGGCUGCGGCUGCCGCACAAGUUCGCGGUGCUGCUCUUCCUCUCGGGCCUGCUCACCCUCUGCUUCGCCGCCCUCUUCCUCCUGCCGGACUCGUCCCGCUUCAGGCGCCUCUUCCUGCCCCGCCGCGGCGCCGAGCCCGAGCCCGCCCGCGCCUCGCCCCUCCCGCCCCACCCCCGCCGCCAGCAGGCCCCCAGCCCGCCCCCCGAGGACCCCCGCCGCCCCACCGCCGCCCCCCUCCCGCACACCCGCGCCCCCAGCCGCUUCGACCACCCGGCCUUCGUGCAGAGGCUCCGGCACCCCGUGCUGGGCAGGAGGAGGGGCGCCGCCCACGAGACCCCCGAGCUCCGCGACAGGAGGCUGAAGGUCAAGGAGAUGAUGAAGUUUGCUUGGGAUAACUACAAGCGAUAUGCAAUGGGGAAAAACGAACUGCGGCCCCUCACUAGGAAUGGACACAUCGGUAAUAUGUUUGGAGGUCUCCGAGGAGCUACCGUGGUGGAUGCUUUAGAUACUCUGUAUGUGAUGGAGCUGCAAGAAGAAUUCCAAGAAGCCAAAGACUGGGUGGAGAAGAGCUUUGACUUGAAUGUGAAUGGCGAAGCUUCCUUGUUCGAAGUGAACAUCCGCUACAUCGGAGGGUUGCUGGCUGCGUUCUACUUAACCGGCGAAGAGGUCUUCAAGAAUAAAGCUCUAGAACUGGGAGAGAAGCUUUUGCCAGCUUUUAACACGCCAACGGGUAUCCCGCGGGGAGUCAUAAACCUGGGCAGUGGCCUGAGCUGGAGCUGGGGAUGGGCGUCCGCGGGCAGCAGCAUUUUGGCAGAAUUCGGCAGCCUGCACCUGGAAUUCCUGCACCUCUCAGAGUUAUCAGGGAAUGCGGUAUAUGCUGAAAAGGUGAUGAACAUCCGCAAAGUUCUAAACAGGGUCGAGAAACCGCAGGGGCUAUAUCCCAACUUCCUCAGCCCGGUAACCGGGAACUGGGUGCAGCACCACGUUUCCAUUGGUGGCCUCGGAGACAGUUUUUAUGAAUACCUGAUCAAAUCUUGGCUGAUGUCAGACAAGAAGGACGCUGAAGCGAAAAGCAUGUAUGACCAUGCGCUAGAGGCCAUAGAAAAAAACCUGGUGAAGAAGUCCGCCGGUGGACUGACCUAUAUUGCCGAGUGGCGAGGAGGCGUCUUGGACCACAAGAUGGGCCACUUGGCUUGCUUCUCAGGUGGCAUGAUCGCCCUUGGAGGGCAGCACGCAGUGGAAGAGCAGAAGCAGCACUAUAUGGACCUGGCUGCCGAAAUCACACGCACCUGUCACGAGUCUUACGUGCGUUCAGAUUCCAAGCUGGGCCCAGAAGCAUUUCGCUUUGAUUUUGGCACCGAAGCCGUGGCCACCCGGCUCAGUGAUCGCUACUACAUCCUGCGCCCCGAAGUGGUCGAAAGUUACCUAUACAUGUGGAGAUUGACGCACGAUCCCAAGUACAGGCAGUGGGGAUGGGAAGUUGUCGAGGCACUUGAGAAAUAUUGCCGAGUAGAAGCUGGUUUCUCCGGGAUCCGGGACGUUUAUACCACCAACCCGAGUCAUGACAACAUGCAACAGAGUUUUUUCCUGGCAGAGACGUUAAAGUAUCUGUAUCUUCUGUUCUGUGAAGAUGACGUGCUGUCUCUCGAGGACUGGAUAUUUAACACGGAAGCCCACCCGCUGCCCGUGAACCACACAGACUUUGCCCUGAAGACGAGCGUGCAAUAGAGGCGGCCAGCUUCCCCAGCGGGGCGCACCGGGUC